AUGAACGUCGAAAUGGAAACCGAUUUCUUCGAUGGAAAAUCUGUUCUGGAAAUCGGAUUCGUUACCGGACUCCCAUCAGUUUACGCCUUUGAAAAUGGAGCUGAUGAGAUUGCGAUGCACACUAUCGAUAAAACAAGUUUGGAGCUGUACUGUAAACCAACGCUCAAGAGAAACAAUAUCCCUAAAAAUAAGACCAAGCUCACUUGUGGAACAAUGGAAGAGCUCAGAAACUUUUUGGGUGGAAAGAAGUACGAUAUCAUUUUGGCACCGGAUCUUCUCAACCGCUCCGAAGCUGAGUUUGAAGUUGUUCAUAAGAUUUUGCACCAAGGAUUGUCCUAUGAUGGCAUUUGGUGA